CCCAUCACCAAAUAGUACCUUGCGGGCAACAGGUGACUUCACACCUAGGGAAGGAGGAGCACUGGAUGCUUCUGAACAACAGCAGAGGAAUCUGGAGAGUAGCAGUAUGGCAAGAAGCAGCAUGUAUGAUUACGAUGACAGUGAAGAGGAGGACGAUGAGGAGGAAGAUCUGGAUUAUAUGGGCAUCAGUCAGAGGGAACGAGAGAUGGAAUACAAUGAUGAUCCUGGUUAUGCUCGGGUGGAAGAUGUCCAAGAAAUGCUCUCUCGUGAGAAAAGAGGCACUAUAUCAAAUCGAGCUAGGAUGGAGACUCCGUCUAUUUCAGGGGAAGAGGAAUCGCCCAGGCUUACAGACCGCACUGGAACUGAUACAAACCGGUCUUAUCCAGUUCCCUCUCCUCGGGAUCCGUCCACAUUGCCGAGCACCAGUUAUGCUGCAGAUAUCCAUUCUCAAGGUCCUGAUGAAAGUCGGUCACAAGGUCACUCAGAAGGUCGUGAUCAAAGACACUCAUCAGGAGACCAUUUGCAGGAUGAUGUAGAUGGUGGAGGAAAUUCUGGCAAGAGGAAAAAGAAAAAAGCGAAAGAGAAGGAGAAGAAACAGAAGAAAGGAAAGGAUAAACCCAAUGAGAUUGAAGGGUUAUAUGCCCAACCAAUCAAAAAGCAUGAGCCACUGGAGCGACAUGCAUCUAUAUUAUCCAAUGAAAGUGAUUUUACUGGAGUAUCGGCCGAAGACUUCUCAGAUCUCAUCUCACCAACACCAUCGUGGAAAAGAAAACCACAGUCGCCAGAUCUUGGCAAUGCAGAGGUGAUCUCCAGUAGAAGCUCUAAAACAUCUAAAGGACCCAGAUCGAAAAAUACUUUUAAUGAACCUAUGAUUGAGAAAGUGAGAGUCGACAACAAUCAGUAUGCAGCAGCUCCAUCUCCCCUAGCUCUUCAAGAUAAUGACAUCUAUAGUCAUCUGAACCGUGCUGAAUCGCUCAACCAGUCCGCCAGUGAUGAUUAUCUGAGACGGACCAACGAGCGUCUAGAAACGGAGCUGGAGCUGAUUCAGAAGGAGAGGAACGAUCUGAUGAACACUCUAGAUCAACGCACAAAACAAUUGGUUGAAGAGAGAGGGAGGAGAUCAGAUAUGAAUAAAUCCUUGGGGCUUGUUGCUGAUCUAGAGGCCCAAGUGGAGGAUUUAAGUAAUACUUGCCAGCACCAGAGGGAUGAGAAGCGGGCACUUCAAGAAGCCAAUAAAAGACUCAAGGGCGAGAAUAUGAACCUACAGGACAUGGCCCAGUCUAACCAGGAGGAUGAUGGAAUGUACUUGAAUCAACUCAAGAAACAAGCAGAGGCAGUGAUUCGGGAGAAUGAAGAUCUAAAAAAUGUUAUCCAUAAACUCAACAUUCAACUCAGUAGAUACCAAGCCAAAUAUGCACCUCCACAGAAAGGGGAUCCUCCUGGUCUACCUUCCAGAGGAAGUACCCCAAGAUGGCUGACAGACACCAAGUACCUCUCCCCUCUCAUCACCGCCUACGAGGCUCAACUCGUGGAGAAGGAGGAGGAGAUCCAGGCAAAUGUGGAGGAGGUUGAGGAGCUCAGAAGGAGCGCAGAGGAGGUGAUCAGGGAGAACCAGAGGCUCCUUCGGAAGUUGGAGGAGACCGGAGGAGGGGCGGGGCCAAAAGCAAGGCAUUCAGAGAGCUGGUUGAAUGAAAUAGAAGAACAAGCUAGACUGGUCCUGGAAGAGAAUCAAGUGGUCCUAGAACAAAUGGACCUUCAACAAAAGAAACUCCAUGAUCAACAGAGGAAACAUGCUCAGGAAACAAUAAGACUGACAAAACGCCUCACCAUGGUAGAAUCCGAGAAGAAUAGCGUGGAGGGUGAGCUUUCGGAGCUACAGAUGAAAUAUGGUGCCCUCAAGGACCAACAUGAGAGAUCAGUUCGAGAGGCAGAGAGUCAGAUGCCAGUUCAGGAGCAUCUUGAUACUAUUGCAGAAUACAAGAGGAGUAUGCAUGACAUGAAGCGGCAGGUGGAAGCCGAGACGGAGAACACGCUUUCCAGAUUGACAACGGUCGAGACAGAAAAACAGAGUGUUGCAAUGAGAGUAGCUGAUUGCCAAGCAGAGAACAGCCAAUUGAAAGGAGAGAUACAGGCAAUGCAGAAAGCUCAAAAACGUUUACAAUACAAGCUGACAAUGUUAGAGAAAGAGCUGUCUCAUUCACAAUCCAGAGAGCAGGCAGCCAAUCAGCAUUUAAAUAGAGUCUUGGAAAUAGCUGAACAAACGGCAGCUGAAAGAGAUUCAUUCAAAAAGAUGGCACAUACACAGGCUCAAGAGAAGGAGAGAGCGGUCAACAAGAUGAUAGCGGGCAACGUUGCUAUCGGGAGAAUGGAAGAGAAACUUAAGAUGUAUAAACUGAGAGCUGGUAAUAAAAUGGAUGACAUCAUGGGACGUAUGAAAGACCAAGAUGAGCUUCAUACGUCAAGGUUGAGCCAGUAUGAGAGAGAAAUGAAACAUCUUAGUCAGCUUGUCAGAGAAAAGCAAGAUGCGUUAGACGAAGUGGCUGCUGAUAAACAGAAAGUUGAGGAACAGUUGGAGGUUGUAUGGCAGAGUGCUACGGAAGACAAUAAGAGAUUAAAGGCACGACUUGCUAAGUCAAUGAGAUCAUCAUCCGCUGCAGACUCCAGUCACAUGCCCUUCGGAUCAGAUUCGGACAAUAGAGGGCUCCUGUCAUCAGAGAGUGACUGAACAGUUUAUACUCGAGCAGUCGGUAUACUUCUCACUAGGUGGUUUCAAACCGCCUCGAUCACAAGAAUCCCCGUUAAAUUACGAGAACUUUUUUAGGCUGAAAAAUACCCAUUAAUUAUUCCUGCAUUCACACCGCCCUGAAACAUACCCUUCGGGAUAAGUUCCUGAAGUUACGAGCAUGCGCAGUAUGGUCUGAUAAGCAGCAAGGCGCGAAAUUCAAAAUCACUAGCCCAGCAGCAACCCAUGCACGGCGCCGCACCCAACGACACGCUGGGCUAAAAGUUCCCGGAAUUUGCUUUCAGACCGCCAAAAUACCCACGACCUUGGAAAAAUCCCCGCGAAAGUUCUCGUAAUUUCGCCAAGUACCUACUAUUUAUCGGGUAUUUUCUUUCGGGGAUAUUACGCGUAGUUUGCUUUCACACUGCCAAAAUACCUGGUAUUUUCUGAUCGGGGUAAAUUUCCCGAUCAGAGAAUACCUGGAACUGGCGAACUUCGAGGCGGUCUGAAACCACCUACUUAGUCUCAUACCAUAUUAAAGCCUAUUUGGUCUACUAUCAAUUUGGAUUAAUUAUCUUUUGGUCUACACUACACCUGGUCUGUUACCCAAAUAGUCUACUUCUCAGGUCGUCUGAUGCCCAGAUGACUUAGUUUACUAAAUAUUUUGCAUUUUUUCCAAUGAAAUUUUUUUCAUUACCAGUUCAUUCACCAUUUAGAUUAGAUGGUGUUAGAUCAAGAGGAUAGAUAUAGAUGAAAUGGGUAGAGCCCACCUGGAAAUUAGACAAAAAUUGUUAUUGGGCUAAAUGGCCAUUAGACAAACUGAUUGUAGACAAACCAGGGUUAGACCAUGUGGAAUGCGGCCAUAUUGUAAGUAGACAAAGCGGGUGUAGAAAAAUCAGCAAAUUACUGAUUGAACACAUUGGCCUGUAUUCAAAGUUUUCAAUUCUACCAUGGUACAAAUCUGUGGACCACAGUUGUAUGCAGAUUUUUGUGUCAUAAUUAUGCUAAUUUCAUCGCGUACACUACGAAAGGUCCAUCUAAAUUCCCGCUUUUGGCAAGGUGCGCUAAAUUAAGGCUCAAAUGAAACACAAUAGUAUGAGAAAUCUGCAUAGCCCAUGGCUUUGUACCAUGGUAUAUUUUUAUUGGAACCUAUUUUGAGAAUACGGGCUAUACAGCUCAAAGGUCGUAACCCAAAUGUCUGUGAUAAAAAUGGUUGUAAAAUGUGCAGGUCCCUGGCUCUAAGCCACUGAUACACAGUGCCUGGUGUAAGGAUUACUUUGAUUGGAACCAUUGCCAUGACAACCAAAGACUCUGUUGGUUCAUCAUUUUGAUUCUCUAUUGGCUUUUAAACUAGUAUCAAACUCAGGAUUACUUUAAAUGAAUAAGUAAAGAACUACAUGUAAUUACAGAUGUUCUUCUCUAGAGUACAGUAUAUGAAUUUUCCAUUUUGAAUUAUGAAAGAGUCAAGUUUCCUGGCCAUGCAGAAAAAUAAAUGAAAUGCCAGGGCUGGUAUUGCAGUAAGUAAUGUCUAUGAUGAACAGUGAGGAUUGGCAAUGGAAAGGAGCUGAUAGGAUACCUGCUGUAAAGACUCCGACUUUUAGAAAGGUACCUAAUUACAGUACUGAUAAUAUGAAAUGGGAUGUCACAAUGUUUUGAUUCUUUACAAUGAAUUUGCAAAGUAAGCAGGAAUUUGAAAAUACAUUGGAAUGUGUGAAAGGUAGUGAAAUAUUCUUAUAUGUAAGAAUCAUCUUCUACUUUUCAAUUAUCAUUGCAAUAUCAAAAUCAGGGUGAUUUUGCUGGUUAUCUUGAAAUAUAUAUAUGUACAUGUAUAUCUGAAUUCAUAUGCUUUUGUUUGCUUAGCUUGCCAUAUUUUGAAUUUACACUUGUAUUCUAAAAAGAGAAUGUCAAAUUAGUGAAAUUAGUGACUAUCUUAUGUUAAAUAACAUUUCUAUCUAUGUAUUGUAUUCUGAAGUGUUAAUGUUGAAUAUGGUUUAGAGGAUUCUGAUUCCUCAAUCGGUCAACUUCUUUCAGUGCUAAUUCUAAAGUAUUUUGUACUUAAUUCUGAAAUCUUGUCAUAUUAAAGAAAAAUGAUGACCGAGGUAUAAAAAAUAGAGAAAAUAAACACAUUUAAGUUGCAUGAUUGAAGAGAGAGAGAGAAAAAAAAACUACCAAUACUUUUAAGGGAGUAUACAUAUACCAAAGAAAAUCAUAGUAGAGCGCACAAUUACCUUGAAUCAAUCUGUGUAUGCGUCUCAUUUUUUUCUCGAAGAAAUGCCUUACUUUUAGUUGGAUCACCCUGUAUAACUUGGGAAAAUAUCUUGGCUUUGUGUCUUCUUUUCUUUAUAAUACUGGUAUACAUGCAGUAUAUGUCUCUGUAAUGUACUAAUUAUCCAUGUUUUCAAUGACACAUUCCUUUUAACUUUGAUCUAUCUUUGAAUACUACAUCACCUUAGUUUUUGUUGCAUCACCCUGUAUUUCAUGGGAAAAUAUCUUGGCUGUGUGUUUUCUUGUAAUUAUGAUUAUAAUAUAUUACAUGAUGUAUGUUUCUGUAAUUAUCUGUUCAAUGACUCAUUCCUCCUAUCCUUGAUCUAUCUUUGAAUACUGCAAUGCCUUAGAUUUUAUUGGAUCACCCUGUACAUCUUAGAAAUAUUUCUCAGCAUUGCAAUUUUAUGUCAUUGUAUGUUUCUCUGUAAUGUAUAAAUUAUCCAUCUGUUCAAUGACACAUUCCUUCUAACCUUGAUCUAUAUAUAAGCACCUUGAUUGAUUCACACUUACUUUAAAGUGUACCUUGUUUUAUAUCAGUUAAAAAAAAAUCUUUGAUGGAAAGCCAGAUCGAGGCAUAUAAUCAUAUACUUAAGGCCUAAAAUGAGUUUGAUCUGAUUACAUUUUUGCGAUACUUGUACGUGUGUGCUUAUUUAGGCUAUGCUGAUUUAGUGUACUUGAAAAACAUAAAAUGGGUUUAGCUGGGCCAGGUAUUAGACAUCUGAAACGUCUCUGGCUUAAACCUCUUUUAUGAAUUUAGGACAUAAGGUUUGAUUGCUUAGUGGAAAUUCCAUGCUUGUCAUUUAUUUGUUAAUCUGAAAUGCAGAUUUUCACCCGUGAAGAAUGGUGAAGAUUUUCUGCUCAAAUACUCAAGUGAUUCAAGGGAUUUAUUUGUAUAAAAGCAAAAAUAUCUAUUAUUACUCGACAGUAAAAAAGUAUUCUUAUUUCAUGACAAUAUAGUAAAACCCCAAUUUGACUAUUAUAAACAUGAUGCUAGCAGUUAUAUUUUAGAUGGGCGGUUAGAAGGGUUUGUUAGUUCCAUUUUAUAUUAAGCAUUAUUUGUAUGAAAGUGAAUUAUUAUUACUCAACAGUAAGCAAGUAUGCUGGUCUAAUUUCUUACUUCCAAGAGAUUUCUUCUACGCAAAACCAGUGGGCAUAUAUUCAUCAGUCAAUGAUAUGAUAAACAACAAUUUGGUAUUUCUGAAAUUCUUCUUAGUCUCAAAAUUGGUGUUCCGAUGUAUUUUGUACUUAAUACAGUUGCAUAUAUGCACAUAGACAUAAAGUGGGAACUUCCGGUGAUUCAAUUAGUAAAUAUGAGUGUGCCAAUUUCUUCUUUUGGUUAUGAUUUUUUUUUAUUGUUAUUCUAAAUAAUUGUACAUGUAUGGUUAUUUCAAGGUCAUUUUCUACUCUGUUUGUCAUAUCAGAAGCCUCGUGCUGAAUAAAACUUGUACCUGAUGUA